AUGUACAGUAUAUUGAGUAAUCCAUUCAAUUGGAACGCUGAAGAUGUUCGUAAUUGGCUGCUGUGGACCCGAAGACAAUUCAAUUUACCAGACUUUCAUUUGGAGUACUUCCAGAUGGAUGGCAUGAGUCUGUGCUCUCUGAACGAGUCGGACUUCAAGCAAAGAGCCCCCCAUUGCGGCGAAACACUGUACGCACAGCUCGACAUCUGGAAGACAGCCGUCGACUUUCGCCCCGAGGAAAGCAUUCUCGAGUUGAGUUCAUUACUAAACAGUUGGUCGUCAUCGCCGCCGCCCUACUGUACGCCACCGCCAUCUGAUGCCUAUACCAGUGCUGUGCCCUCUCCUGGCCAGGAGAGUAUGGGCACAGAUAUGAUGAGCACCGUAUGUCUGUCUCCCGUAUCGCCACCGAUGUGCUCCUCGCCAAUCAUAACCGGUUACACAACUACUGGAGUGGGCUCUCCAGUGCUCGUCAGCUCUAUAGAGAGCCCUACUAUUGUUACCUCUGAUUAUGGUAGCGAAGGAACUCAAAGCGAUGACGACAUCAGUGACGACGGGUGCGAUUUGCCCACCACUACACACGUAGAGCAGUCACCCCCUCCCACCACUACCACCACCGGACGCACUGGUUCUGGAUCUCACAUCCACUUAUGGCAAUUCCUGAAGGAACUGCUAUCACAGCCACAAAUACACGGCAGUUGUAUCCGAUGGAUGGAUCGGCCGAAAGGGGUUUUCAAAAUCGAGGACUCUGUACGUGUGGCCCGACUUUGGGGAAAGCGUAAGAACAGGCCGGCCAUGAAUUAUGACAAACUGAGUCGCUCUAUACGCCAGUACUAUAAGAAGGGUAUUAUGAAAAAGACUGAGAGGUCUCAGCGUCUGGUCUACCAGUUCUGUCAUCCCUAUUGUCUUUAAAUGAGAUGAUAUGUUGACAUAAAACACUCCCAAAGACUUUGGCCCCGAAUUCGGUCUAAACUCAAGGCUUGUCCUAUAGUUUAUGCGGAAUUCGCAAUCAUUACCAUCGAAGAGCAUAUCGUAAUAUACUGUUAGUUAAACAGUAAAUAUAUUGUUAUUUAUAGUAAUCACGCUCUCGAGGAAUGAUAUAUACGGGAAGGUAUUAUUCCCGUCCCAUUGUCUGCCACUUCAUUCAUCUCUCAUUGUUUUAAAGACUUAAAUAGUGUUCGACAGCAUUGACUGUAAGACAAUACUGGCGCUAAUCUCCUCUUUUUCACACAUUCCUCACUCGACAUCUAAACUCUGUGUUCAAUAUGAAGAGUUAUUUGUCUGAUUGAAAACUUUAUCAAAUGGUCGGUAAUUAUGUCGAGAGCUCUCACACCUGGCAUACAGUGAUCCGGUGAAGUGACUGGUGCUGUAGGCAGCGGUGGAGUAUCUCCAUGUAGCGGCCAUUUUGAUGAAUUAUGUAACAUAUAUCUAUGAUAUAUCCAAUUGUAUGUUCUGUGAACAUCCUAACACCCGAAUGAUUGAAAUAUAUUUCUUAUGAAAAUUACUUAUAAUUCUUUUUAAGAGUAUUCAAAACCAAAACCUCAUGUGAGGCACUGGCAA